UCCGGCGGCGGGCGAAGUGACCCGGAGGGCACCGAGCGAGGCCAGCGUACGAGAGGGAAGAGGAGGGAGAAGCGGCGGCGGGAGGAGGAGAGAAGAGCGGGGCCGGUGGCUCACCAGGAUCCGCUUGAAGAGAAGUCAUAGUGGAAGAAGAGUGAGGUACAAUGGAAAUGGUAUCUGGCUCAUGGCAUCUCUAAUGGCACAUCAUUGUGGGUUCAGGCAUGGCGAAGAUUUCAGUGCUGUUUGCUGUGGCCCUUUUGAAGACUGGACCAGCUGCAGGAUUCGAAGGCGGAGGCUGCGGAAGCGCGUUUUCCCGCAGGCAUUCUGGGAGUGGAGUGCGCUGGCUGCACUUCCCGUCUGCCAUGGCCCCGCGGCCCGGGCUGGGAUCCGUGCGGCGGCCGGGCCUGCGGACGGUGGUGGAAAAAUAAGAAACAAAAUGAAACCUUUCCAAAAGGUCUGUCUUUUCAAGAGCCUGCUUGCUAAUUGCUGCUGCCACAGCCAACUUGACAGCUGUCUUCUCCCUCCUGUUGCAAAGAAGAUAGGGUGCAUGGUGGGACUGCACAACCAUGGAUUUUGGAGGCCAAAGCCUUUAUUGGACACACCUCGAUUCACUCUGUCUUUGAGCAGUCAGCACAGGAAAAAACAUGAGAAUUCUCAAGCUUUGUGGAAGCAUAAGGCUGUGCAGAAGUAUCUGGAGACUCUAAGCAAGGAAUACCAGCAGGUUAGUCGUCAGUUAACUGCAGACUCAUUAAAUGACUUUGAGCAAAGAACCCUGAGAAGAAGGUGUGCCGAUCUGUCCCCCAUUGCAGCUGCAUUUCAAGAAAUCAAAGAGGCUGAAAGAGAAGUUCAGGAGUUAGAAGCGAUGUGCACAGAGCUAGACAGCAGAGAUGAGAAACAACUUCUAGAGCUUGCCUUAGAAGAGAAGGAAAGCCUGGAUAAAAAAAUGAACAUGUUGUGCAGAAAGCUUUUCCAGCUUCUAGUGCCAAAGGAAAAAUAUGAUAGAAGUCCUGUCAUAUUAGAAGUGACAGCUGGCAGAACAACUGGAGGGGACAUCUGCCAACAGUUCACUAAAGAAGUGUUUGAGAUGUACCAGAGCUAUGCCGACUACAAACAUUGGACCUUUGACAUAAUGAACUAUACGCCAGCUGAGAUAGGAGGCUUGCAUCAUGCUGCUGCUCAUAUUUCAGGAGAGAAUGUCUACAGGCAUCUGAAAUAUGAAGGAGGAACUCACCGAGUCCAGCGAAUCCCUGAGACAGGCAUGUCAUCAAGGAUGCAGCGUAUUCACACUGGGACAAUGUCAGUCAUUGUCCUCCCUCAGCCAGAGGAGGUUGAUGUAAAAGUGGAUCCCAAAGAUUUGCGUAUAGAUACAUUCAGAGCCAGAGGAGCAGGAGGGCAACAUGUUAACAAAACCGAUAGUGCUGUGAGGAUUGUGCAUCUUCCUACAGGACUGGCAGUUGAGUGCCAGCAGGAGCGGUCGCAGCAGACGAACAAGGAAAUAGCUCUGCGGACACUGAGAGCUAAGCUGUACCAGCAGGUCAUUGAAAAGCAGCUCAGCCAAGAGCAGAGCGCCAGGAAGCUGCAGUUAGGAACAAGAGCUCAGUCAGAGAGAAUUCGUACUUACAACUUCACCCAGGACAGAGUCACUGACCACAGGAUCUCAUAUGAUGCACGUAAUAUCAAGGAAAUUCUAAGUGGGAAAGAAGCACUGGAUAAACUGAUCAACAGACUGCUGGAGUUUGCAGAGAUAGAGGCUGUCACCCAAUAUCUAGAAAAUUUGCAGGCUUUAGAAGGAGGAGGCUGAAGAGCUCAGGUAGAAUUAAAACAGAAUCGUUGUGUUUCAUAGCCAAAUAAAACAGAUGUGUUUGUUAGAUGAUAUGUUGAUUAAAACCUAUUUUUCUGUUUUUCA